UAUUUUCUUUUAAAAAUUCAGGUGCUGGUAGGAAUAAAAGAAUGUGUUGGUUGACUUCCCAUCACUUUUCACCUUUGAAUCUUGAAUUUCAGAGGUUAACAAGGCUAUUCAUUUUGGAAUAUUCCAUUGCUGAUUGGGUGGAUCAGUUUGGAGUUCCCUAUAAAUUCCAACUCAACUUCUCAAAGGAAAAAGGGUGCAUUCUAACUCUUCUUUCACCUAUUUACUUUCAUCUAUUUUCUUGUCAUAAUUUCCUUGAAUAACUUGCAAGUCUUUGAUGCCAUAAGAUGGUGGACUUAGAAUUUUUACCUAGGACGUUUGAAAAACAAAAAUAAAAUGCUUAGAAUUUCACUUGAGAAUAUUAAAGUAUGUUUUGAACCCUCUAAAUCAUUAAGUCAAUCUCUUAUUUUGUGUUGGAGGAUUCAAAAUCUAUUUAUAAUUUUAUAUAUAUAAAAAUUUUAAAACUCACUUUAUAUGUACGGUAUAACUUUUUAUCGAAAGAAUUCGAUUCAACACACCCCCUAAAUAAUUUUUUGUAAACACGGUAAUGAACGUGUGUGAUACUGUGUGUGGAUUCUCUGGUUAUAUGUGUGAUACUUUUUGAUAAAGGCACAGCACCCCCUCUCCCCCCUCCCCUCCGCCCAUCCUAUCCCACCAUAAAACACAAAAAUGUCAUGAAUAAUAUAUGUUUGGUUUUUGCAGCUGAUAUUGAAAAUAUUCUCAACUAAUUUCAGUAACAAAAUGGCUUCCUCAGCUCUAGUUUCUUUGUCAAAAAAGAUCAUCAAACCAUUCUCUCCAACCACUCCUUCUGAAAGAAUUUACAAGCUUUCCUUCAUUGAUCAAUUCAAUAGUACACAAUAUGUCCCCAUAGCCUUUUUCUAUCCCAACAAUAAGGUAUUCAAACCAAAUGACAUGCGUAACGUUAUUGAAAAUUCCCUUUCAAAAGCCUUAGCUGCUUAUUACGCUUUUGCUGGAACAUUAAGGGACAAUGUUCAUAUCGAGUGUAACGAUAUAGGUGCUGAUUUUUACAAGGCUCGAUUCGAUUGUCCCAUGUCUGAAAUUCUCAAAAGUCAGGACAGAAAUGUCAAAGAAGUAUAUUCCAAAGAUAUACCGUGGAAUGUCAUUGCACCUAAUAGAAAAUUGGUCAUGGUUCAAUUGAAUCAGUUUGAUCGUGGAGGAAUUGAUCUAAGUGUAUGUGUAUGUGUUAUGUCACACGAAAUUGGAGAUAUCUGCACAUUGAACAAAUUUAUAAAUGACUGGGCUGCAAUUGCGCCUGAUUCUAACUUAAAUAUACGUCCUCAAUUUAUUGGAUCAUCUAUUUUCCCACCCAAAAAUGAACGUGUGAAUGAGCGACCUCUCGAAAAGUGUGUAACAAAGAGGUUAACCGUUUCAAACCGCACACUAAAAUCCCUCCUCUCUGAAUGUUCAUCAUCAGGAGUGACAAAUCCAUCUCGCGUUGAAACACUAACAACACUUCUUUAUAAAUGUGGCAUGAGAGCAAAUUCGAAUCAAUUAUUCAAGCCAUCAGUUUUGUUUCAGACUAUCAAUUUAAGACCUAUUAUACCUUUGCCAGAGAAGACUCCUGAAAACUUCAGUUCUUCCCUUUUCGUACCAACAUACACUGAAGAAGAAAUGAAGUUAUCGCGAUUGGUUAGUGAGCUAAGAAAGGGGAAAGAACAAUUUUUUGAUGAUUACAAAAAGUGUAAGCAAGGAGAUCCUCAAGAUUUGAUUUCUACAACAAUGUGACCAUUUCGAGAAAUAAGGGCACUGUUCAAGGACACUAAUAUUGAUCGAUCUUCAUAGAUGUAGCAGCUUGGUAAAUUACCACUGUAUGAUGUAGACUUCGGAUGGGUUCGGCCUGAUAAAAUAAGUAUGGCAGACACUCAACUGAGAAAUGCUUUCCUGCUGUUUGAUAACAACACAGUGGAUCAUGUAGAAGCACAUGUAUCUUUUGAUGAGGAAAGUACAAUGUCCGCGUUGAGAGAGAUGGAUCAACUUCUUGAAUUCGAACUUCCAUUUGAUCAAGCAAUUCCGAUUUCCAAUGGAGCCUCGAUGUUGAUUAAUGAUAGACACUUCAAAUGUGGAAAAUAG